UUAACUAGCUACGGAGUACUCCGUACUCUACCUUCAAAACUCCAAACACCUGCUCCCAAACGCGAGCCCACCUGUGAGUAUGUCAAUGCCGCAUCCCACUCCAACUUCCCCCCCAGCUGCCAGACUUCACUCGUGCCAGCUUUGCCAGCAGCGAAAAGUGAAGUGUGACCGCCAACAGCCCUGUUCCGGUUGUGCCAAGGCGGGAACGGACUGUGUCUAUCGCGCCCCGGCCCCGCCGAGGAGGCGCAAAAGGAGGUCCCCGGAGGAAAUUCUCCGUGCGCGCCUCCGCAGGUACGAAGCGAUUCUUAAGAAUUUGGGAGUCAAUGUCGAUGCAAACGAGGGCACCGGCCCGGGCGAAAAGGAUGAUGGGCCGGUGAGCUCCCACGAUGCUGCGCAAGCCCCUAAAGACACCAGCAAGACGAGGCCGGAAGACGUCGCCUGUCUCGGCAGUAAGCUGGGAAGGCUGAUUGUUGUGGAUGGGAAACCAAGGUUUUUGGAAAAUGCGCUUUGGGUAAGCGUGGGCGACGAGCUUCAUACGUCCCACGAUCUCGAAGACUCGUCGACACAAGGCGGAGAAGAUGACGCGGACGAAAUUGAAGCAUUGAUGCCAGAGCAGAUGGAUCGCUUUUCUCCGGAUGAGAGCCGAUUACUUUUUGGUUCGGCCAUAAACCGCCCGAGUCUCCUAUAUUUGCAUCCAGAGCCAGUUAAAAUCUUUACUCUCUGGCAAAAGUUCCUAGAGAACGUCGACCCGCUCACCAAGAUCUUCCACACUCCAACCGUUCAGCAACAAGUGCUAAAAGUAAGCGGUAGCCUUGGUAAUAUGCCAAAGCCGUUCGAGGCGUUGAUGUUCGCAAUAUAUCUCUGCGCUGUGGUAUCGUUGAGUGAUGAAGAAUCUCGUGGGUUACUGGGAGAACCGAGAAAGGUUGUCCUACAAAGGUAUCGGCUUGGAGCAGAGCAGGCUUUGAUAAAUGCAGAAUUUAUCAAGAGUUCGGAUGUGACUGUUCUACAAGCAUUUGCGUUAUAUCUCCUUGCCAUGAGACCUCAUAUGGAGGCACAGACACUUUGGAUACUCAGCGGAGUAGCCCUGCGAAUUGCGCAGCGUAUUGGCCUGCAUCAUGAUGGAGCGUCACUUCAGCUCUCCGUGUUCGAGACCGAAAUGCGUCGCCGAUUGUGGUGGCAGAUUGUCGUGCUUGAUGGCUUUUCAGCAGAGCUCUCAGGUGUUGGGAUACUUGGCGGUGUCCACAAUCCGCCUAUUCCUUUACCUCUCAAUGUUAAUGACAUCGACUUGGAUCCCAAUAUGACAGGGGUUCCUGUUGAGCACAAUGGUAUUACGGAGAUGAGCUUCUGUCUGCUUCGAUAUACUAUUGGGCGGUUUCUCCGGGACUCAAGAACGAAGCACACUUUUGAUGGCUCAUGGCAGCAUUUGACUAACCCAAUGAUAUCCAUUCCCGAAAAGAUUCAGGAGCUCGAAGACUUGGAUAAGUUGAUCGAGCAGAAGUUUCUUCAAUAUUGUGACAUCUCCAUUCCUUUUCACUUUAUCGUUUCGAUGGUUGGCCGCUGUGGCAUCUCUAUGAUGAAACACCGGGUUUACAUGUUAGGGUGCCCGGGAAAGCCUGGCGGGCGAUCCCUCGACCGCGAAGAGAGCGACACACUCUUCGCCAAUUCUAUCAAAAUUCUCGAGUACGAUAAUCUGGCCAAAUCCAUGCCAAACGUGCGACGAUAUUAUUGGCAUGUCGAGGCGCAUUUCCAAUGGCAUGCUUUUAUAUUUCUGCUUUAUGAAUUGCGGAAUCGCACGUCUGGCGAAGAGGUCGAUAAAGCAUGGUUUCAAAUCGAGAAAGUUUACGAAAAUAGGUCGCGGUUUUUGACAGACGUGAAGAAUAAAUUAAUUGUGGCUGCUGGGAAUCUUGUCCUUAAGGCCUGGGAACAGAAGGUCUCAGGAGUGCAUGUUCCUGGCGUGGAAAUGCGCGUGCCCCAGUUUAUAGAGACGCUUAGGGCCCGGCGGUCUGGUAUUCUACCAACGAAGCAAAAACUAGGGGAUAACAUAUGCCAUCAGCCAAACACGAACGAAUCCCCCUUGGUCAGUGAUUCUUCAGCGUUGAUAGAUGGGAAUAAUUCUGCGCCACUUUUUCUUUUCGCAUCCAGCGUAUCAAAUUCCGGUAUGGGUGUGGAAUCUUCGACCGAGAUGCAAGAUCCUAGCAGCGUGCUCGACGGUUUGUAUGCUCCGUCGCAAGAUUUCGACUCCCCAAACUGGAUGGAAUGGGAAGCUCUUUUCCGUCACUCCGGCAUUCGGGAAGACAGGGAAGGAGAUAUAUAACCAACGGACAUAUAUACACGGGACGUUGAAUGUAUCCUGCCUAAGCACCUCUUUGCUUUAACCAACUCCAGGACAAGAGCGAAU